CAAUACAUCUGUGCAUCUAGCAGCUGGGAGCUGAGACUUGACAUCUCCGCUGAUACCACGACCACUUGCUCCAAGCGGUGACUUUUCACAUCAGUUUUUUUUUAUUAUUUUGCAGGAAAAUAGUUAUCAAACAAGUCGAAAAAGAACUGGCUGUCCAAAAUCAGAACAGUUCUGUGAUACCAUGGUUAUUUUACCGGUGUUAACUCUCAUUAUUAUAGGUUAUGAAAUAACCCCUGCUUUAACGUGUCAGUUCCCCACCGAUUGGAGACCUCUCAGCGAAGGAUGCAGAGCAGAGCUGGCUGAAAUUAUAGUCUAUGCUCGGGUCCUGGCCAUUCACCAGGACAUGUACAGCGUGUUCAACUAUCUGCCGUGGCAGUAUGAAGCCAGUCUGUUCUACUCGGCCGAGAUCGAGACCUUGUGUGACCAAGCGUGGGGCAGCAUGCUGGAGGUGCCCGGUGGAUCUCGGCUCAACCUCACCGGCCUGGGCUACUUCUCCUGCCAGUCUCACACCGUGCUGGAGAACAAUAGUUACUUCUUCUUCCUCAGGAUGGAUGACAAUUAUAACAUAAUUCCACAUGGAGUUAAUUUUCAGGAUGCUAUUUUUCCAGACACCACAGAGAACAGGAAGAUAUUUUCCAGUUUAUUCCAGUUCUCUAAUUGUACCCAAGGUCAACAGCUCCAAAGCUACACUGCUGACUGGGAGCUUCAGGAGGAUCACAGGCUCAUGUGUUCCACGGUGCAGAAGGCACUCUUUGAGGAAGAGGACAGAGUGAAGAAGCUGAUUAAUAGAGUGGCCAUGCUGGAGAGUCGCAACAAGCAGCUCAAAGACAAGGUGAAGAGAGUGAAACGCACCUUGCGGCAAGUGAAGAAGAACAGCCGGCGUGUGGAGCAACUAAACAGAAAACUGCUGGAGAAAACGUCAAACAGCGGCAGCCAGAACCCCCACUAUGCCAGACCUGACUCCAAUGUGGCGAUUCUCAAAGGAUAGCACACAGGCAGUGUAAAUGGCUCUGAAAUAAUUGCAGUUACUUUUGUUUGUCUUGUGAUUUACUCGAGCUAACGCAGGAGGUGCUGGGCAUUUCAGUUAGCACAGUCGCUGUACCCUACAGUGAUGCCCACCAAACCAUUGGGUCCCGUCCCCCAACCAUUUAACAAUAGUUUUAUAGUCUCAUCGCUUUAAGGAGAGGAAAGGAAAGCUGGAAAAUCUUACUGCGCGCAGUAUUAAUCGUUACUUAGACCACUUUGUGUUAAGUAUUUCUUGCUUUAGGAGCAGUGUUUCCUUUUGAGUAUAGUCCAUGUUUUACUCUUGUAAUUAAGAAAUAAAUAUCACCAUAGUUAGCAAAACAAUUGCUCGUACCAACACAUACUGACAAUAUCUCAGCUCCUCAGUGCUCUCCUCGUGCAGACUCGUAUUCUGCAGGAAUCAUGGCAUCUGUCCACCAUCUCGACAGCUUCCUGUAAGCCUUUAUGAUACACUUACAACAAAUAUAAUUUUUGAAAACUCUUUUUUGUAUUCAAGAAGUUAUCUAGCAUCGUGUCACUGUCUAGACAGUUUGAAAAUCACAAUCUACGUUUGU